CCGCCGCUGCCGGGCCCGUCUCCUGCCCCCUCCCCCCGAACACCAUAGGCGGCUCAGGCACCAAGAUGUCCAACCGAGUGCUCUGCCGGGAGGCCAGCCACGCCGGCAGCUGGUACACAGCCUCAGGACCCCAGCUGAAUGCACAACUAGAAGGUUGGCUUUCUCAAGUACAGUCUACAAAAAGACCUGCUAGAGCCAUUAUUGCACCCCAUGCUGGAUAUACUUACUGUGGGUCAUGUGCAGCCCAUGCUUACAAACAAGUGGAUCCAACUGUAACCCGGAAAAUUUUCAUUCUUGGGCCUUCCCAUCAUGUGCCCCUUUCCCGAUGUGCACUUUCCAGUGUGGAGAUAUAUAGAACACCUCUGUAUGAUCUUCGAAUUGAUCAAAAGAUUUAUGGAGACUUGUGGAAGACUGGAAUGUUUGAGCGUAUGUCUCUGCAGACAGAUGAAGAUGAACACAGUAUUGAAAUGCAUUUGCCUUAUACUGCUAAAGCCAUGGAAAGCCAUAAGGAUGAGUUUACCAUUGUUCCAGUAUUGGUUGGAGCACUGAGUGAGUCAAAAGAACAGGAAUUUGGAAAACUCUUCAGUAAAUACCUAGCAGAUCCUAGUAAUCUCUUUGUGGUUUCUUCUGACUUCUGCCAUUGGGGUCAAAGGUUCCGUUACAGUUACUAUGAUGAAUCCCAAGGAGAGAUUUAUAGAUCCAUUGAGCACCUAGAUAAAAUGGGUAUGAGCAUUAUAGAGCAGCUAGAUCCUGUAUCUUUUAGCAAUUACUUGAAGAAAUACCAUAAUACAAUAUGUGGAAGACAUCCCAUUGGGGUAUUAUUAAAUGCUAUAACAGAGCUCCAGAAGAAUGGAAUGAAUAUGAGCUUUUCAUUUUUGAAUUAUGCCCAGUCAAGCCAGUGUCGAAACUGGCAAGACAGCUCAGUAAGUUAUGCUGCUGGAGCACUAAUGGUCCACUGAACCUCCGAACACUCAGGGAUGCCACCUGCACACAUACUAUGUACGGGGUCCCAGCCUAGCCCUUACAAAGAUACGGUUCCUGGUCUUCGGGUAUACUGAAACCUCAAACUAAUAGAACUCUCUUCUUUUCUAGUAGGUGUAGUCCUUCCUUAGUUUCAACUCAUUUAAAAAUGCUUUCUUGUUAAGACAAUAGAAGGAAGGCUCGUGUCAAAACGUUGUGAUUUAAAAAAAAAAGAUGAUGUCUGUAAAGGCAUGGUGGUAGACAGUCCUUUCAAAUAUAACAUGUAAAGCAUUUACCAAUUCCUAAAUUUGCACUCUUUGCAGACCUGUGCACAUGUACUCAGCUUUCAGAAUAGUUUUGCCAGUUGUAAACAGAAAAAAGGGUGGAAGCUUUUUAAUGAAAAAAAAGCAUUUAUAAAUGAUCCUGUAUUAGAAUAUAAUAAAACUCCAGUAUAGUCCAUUACUAGCCGUGUUGUACAACAGAUAUCUUCUAUUUUAGUUGCUAAUAAAGGGCUACACAAACCAAAAUAGUCUGAUUUAAACUUAUUGCUUUGUGUUCUGUAUGUGAACUGCUUCUCAUUAACAUCAUUCUCCUCCAGAUUCUCAUGCCUGAUGAGAAACUCAACCAUUCUGUAAAAUACUUUAGAAUGUAUUUUAUAUUCCACAUUUAUGUCAUGACUUCUUCAUUUACAGAAUUUUUUUACCUCAAAGCUGAAGUAUGAGUUCAGCUUUUCAAAUUAAUUUUUUAAAUCUUUUUUAUAUUUUAGUGUUUGCAUUUAUUUCACAGAACUACAUAUACAAAUUAUCUUUUGGUAUGUGAUACAAAUCUGUGUCAAAAUAAUGAUUUCAGUGACAUUUUAAAUGUCAAAACUUGAUUAUUCAAUUAUAAUGGCUACAGUACUUUAAUUGCAAUAAGAAAAAUUGAAAACAGAAGUCUGCCAAUUAGGUAAUUCUGAAAACAUAUUAAGCAUUCAUAGGUCAUAUGUGCCAGACAGUGCUAUGUUCAUGCAACUAUUCCUUAAGAAUUUGAUUGAAAAAAGAAAUUCCUCAUAUUUGAAUGCUUAAAUAAGAAAUCAUCUUAAAAAAAUUCUGUUUCUUCCAACCUCUUGAAACAUCACUACAUCUUAUGGGUUUCUUGAGCACUUAUCCAACCAAAAUAAUGGUAAUUGUUUGUUCAAUUAAUACCAUUUUUGGACGUCUUCAUUUUGUUUAUUAAGUAGAGCAAAUUGCAAUGGCAGUAGUUACUGUUUAAGUAAAUGGAGUUAACAUUCCCUGACAUUUAGUCUACUGUCAGGCGACCUUUGUAUGUCUCAUACUUGUCGCUUUUUUGGGUGGGAGAGAACAUCUUUGUAUGUAGACGCUACUUGCAGAAAUAAUUCCGCAUCUAAUUUUCCCUUAAUUGGAUGGUCACCACUUCAGUGAUAUCAGGUGAAUGCUCCAUUUAUAAAAUGAACUACUUUGCAGAUAUUUUUAUGCCAUCAUAAGCAUCAAUCUUCACUCUUUGCAUGGCUUCUCUAUAUUAGUUGCCUUGCUGCUCUGACUUGUUCCUGGAAACUCUCAGCAGCAGAUAGAAAAUAAUCUUUCAGGCUUUAUCAAAGAAAAUCUCACAAAUAUGUGCAAAUAAAUCUGAAUUUGUAUACUCUUCUAUAAAGUUUCAAAGGUUUCUGAUGACUGUGCCUUAUAUAGCAAAAAUAAUUUGAUCAUUGAAAUUAGCAUUAUUUUGCUUCUCUUCCACAUUUUAGUGAAUUCAAGGAUUAUUUAGAACUUGAAUUUCUGUUGGUCAUAAUGCCAAAUACUUAUGUCAUUUCUGAAACAUGCAAGUAUUUGGAAUGAUUAAAUAUUUUUACCCUAAGGUAAAUGUAGUAAUAGCCUUUAAAUACAAAUAUUUUUAAGUUGCUUCAUAGUUCUGUAAGAAGAUACUUUUGUUUUUUUGUUUUUUUUUAAAGGAAAGUUCCAAGGAAAUCUAUAGCCAUUUUGCUCAGCACAAUGUUCUGAAAUAUCUCAUGGUGAAAGCACUUAUCACCACAUGUAAACUAUGUAAUGUAUUUCCAAAUAAAGUUUCUAAUUAAAAUUGGAA